AUGGAGCAGAAACUGGGGGAAGAAACCCUGGUUUUAUUACAACCUCUCCUACAACUUUCCACAUUCCAGCUCCUCCCCAGCUCAAGGAAUAAUUGGAAAUUUGGAGGUGGCCACCACAAGCUCACAAAAGCUCCAGGUAAAGGCCAGGCUGCACCCCCUGACUUAGAGAGGAAUUGCUCCCCACCCUGCUUUGACUGCUGACUGGAAACAUCUGAGGAUUCAAAUCUUUACACUUUUUCCACCUUCACUUGCCUAUGUAAGUAGGCAGAGAGCAUAUUUUGAGACGGGGGAAAAAAAAAAAGAGAAGAAAAGAAGGAUGUGGUUGUGUUUGCCGCUUAGAAAACUGUAAGGCACGGGCUGUAAGAAAACGCUCUCGUGCUCUCUAGAACAGCCUGGACUGAAGCAAUGCUGCUGAUCUGCUUGCCAGGGCUCAGGAGUUGUCUGAAACAAUCCUAAAGCCACAGGAGAUUCCUUCAAAAAACCUGUUGAGGACAGAAAUUUUCCUCGGAAGCCUGGAAAAGAGCAAACGUGGUACCUCUCUUGAGAAGGGGAUAGGAAGGAGUUGGACAAACUAGAUCUGUAAUCCUGGCUUUAGUGUUUGAAAGAAAUACUGGAAUCACCCACCAAAGAAUCUGUUUGUAAGCAUGCAGAACUCGAGUCAGUGGGCAGAAAUGACCAACAGCAGUGAGAACUGCAGCUUCACAGCCAUUGACAGCUUGGCAUGGAGCGUGCAGCUGGGGCUCUCCAUCCCCACCUUCAUCCUGGGGCUGCUGCUCAACAGCCUGGCCCUGUCUGUGUUCUGCUGCUUUUGGAGGAAGCAGAGCAAGACCUCGGUGUACAUGAUCAGCCUGGUGCUGGCAGACGUCCUGCUGCUCCUCUCGCUGCCACCCAAGCUGUACUACUCUGUCACCAGGGUGCCUGGCCUGCUGUGCUCCUUCAUACAGGCUCCUUACUUCGUCAACACCUACAUCAGCAUCUUCAUCAUCGUCUGCAUCACCGUGGACAGGUACAUCUGCAUAAGGCACCCCUUUGAAGGCCGAGCUAAGCAAUCCCCCAGGUGGGCUGUGGUGAUUUGCUGCUCCAUCUGGGCAGCAGCUUGGAUCUGCAGCAUCCCAAUUUUUGUGUUUCAGAAGAAGGAACCUAUUAAAUGCUUUCACAACAUGUCGAGCCAGACGUGGAGUGUCCCCUUCAUCGUUUCUGUGGAAAUAUUUGGGUUUCUGAUCCCGCUUGCUGUGAUGGUUUUCUGCUCUGCUCAAACCAUCUGGAUUCUCCUGAAUCACAAAACUCAUGACAAAAAAAAGAAGGCAGAAGAGAGCGGCUCACUGAGAGUAAUUGUCAUCAACCUGGUGGUGUUCCUGGUGUGCUUCACACCCGUCCACCUUGGGAUCCUGCUGCAGUGCCUGGUCAGGCAGCACGUGAUCGUGGGCUGCAGGAUGAAGCAGACCAUCAGCCUCUUCCUCCAGGUCUCCAUGACAUUUGCCAACCUGAACUGCUGCCUCGAUGCCAUCUUCUACUACUUUGCUGCCAAGGAAUUCUGUAAGAAAACCCACCUGAAGAGGGUCAUUGAGCUGUGUCCUGUCUUUAACCCUUGUGCCAUGCGAUGGCACUGCCAGCAGUGGGAGAAUGCCCCUUGCCAGGACACUGACAGUGCUGUCCCUGACGUGGCAGGGACUGGGCCACAGGGAGAAGGACAAUGUUUUCCCAGUGAAGGCAAAUCUGUUCCAUAUUUUUCUUCCCUUUAAAGAUGAAGGAGACAAACAGAUUAAGGAACCAGCAUUAGCAAAGUGACAGACUGACCCCAGAAGAAGCAUUAGCCUUGACAGUAUCUACCAAAUGUGAAAGGCUUGCCAGAGGACAACGAACCAGAUCAUGGGAAUGCCUUUCAAUGUCAGCUUUGGUCAUAGCUGCACCAGUUUUGCCUUUACAUAUGUGGCCAGAAAGGUGUUGCUAAGAGCAAAACUAGAAAUAACAGUUCAUAACCAUUCCAAUUUAGAAUGGAUCUUGGCAGUUAAAAAGCAGAAUCCAGCCAGAAGUCACUGCUGGAGCUCCUCUGCUUUGGGCAGCUUGGCCAGUCAGGACAGCAGGGAAUCCUCCCUCCUGGAAGCAUCAUCAGCCUGGGACAGCAGGGAAUCCUCCCUCCUGGAAGCAUCAUCAGCCUGGGACAGCAGGGAAUCCUCCCUCCUGGAAGCAUCAUCAGCCUGGGACAGCAGGGAAUCCUCCCUCCUGGAAGUAUCAUCAGCCUGGGACAGCAGGGAAUCCUCCCUCCUGGAAGCAUCACGGACUGCUGAGGGCUGCUAGGAGGGACAGCAGUUUUUGCUCUUUCAUGGAGGACAUGCUGCCCAGAAUAGAAAUCCAAGGGACUACCUCAGGUACCAGCCAUUCCUGAACAAACUUUCCUGAUUAUCUGUGCCGAGGAAUCAUCGUGGCUUUCUCCUGCAAUUUCAAAUCAGGUUUUGCCCAUGUAAAUCCAAACAACCCCUUCAAAUAUGAGAUUUAGAGAAAGACUGAAUGUGUUGAACUGUGUUUCUAUAUCAGUGCCUUUCUGUCAAAGACAUACCAUAACACAUGUAUGAAAUUCUUCUGCCUGUCUUCUCAUUCUUCCUUGGACAGGGGAAUUAAGGAAGCAAGACCUGCAUGACAGAAGAUGAGGGAGUGAUUGACAAUCUCCUCUCUCCCAGCUAGAAGACUGGACCAGCUCUACCCUGCUCAUCCCUUAGGGAAGUCCUUCCAGCUUGUACUGUGCACCUCUCUAAAUAUCUCUGGGCUUGCCUGAACUCUUCAGGUCAGCACAUCUGGGCUGUCACCACCCUAAUGCCAUUUGCAAGUUUGGCUCUGACUCUGAGCUAAAGGUUUCUUUGCUGCAAUUUAAGCCAAGAAUUUCUUGAACCCUUAUCUGGGCAUGAUUGGUGCUUAUAACCAGAAACACUUUCACAAAAAGAAAUAAUUUUCUUUGCUUUUCUAAAAGGAGCUGUGAAAAUAGUCUAAGACUGCUGGUAGUGAAGUUUUGGGGGCAGGUAUUCCAUUUAUUCAAAAUGUGAAAAGAAAUUACCUUUUCUUGGUAGCAAAUUAAAAAGAAAGGGGACCAGUUUUGAAAAUACAAUUUGCUGUCCACCAAUUUCCAUAGAAAUUAUUGACUGUGCAAGUAGGCAGCUGCACAUAUCUUAUAGUGGACCUAAAAUAUGAACAUUUUAAAACUUGGUAGUACUAAAACUAUGACCACAGCUGAGGUGGAAAAAUAUUUUCAGCAUCAUCUUCACUGCUUUCUGUAAAGGAGCAAGAGGAAGAGCUUUCCAAAAGAGUAGAUUUUCUAAACAUUAUUGAGUGCCUCCAUCACUGAGAAACUUACAGAUUUUCAGUAUGGGUCAACCUUUCUUCCUUGCACCUUUCACAUUACUUUGCAUACAAAAUAUGUGUGUGAGAAAGAAAUAGAUUUACUAAAUAAACUGGACAUGUGAAGUGCAUGAUUUGAAAAUACAUUUUAGCUUCCCAAUUUGACAGCAGUAUGUAAUUCUCCUCUACCUGCAUUAGCUGCCUAAAAAAUUGCAGCAGCAACUGUGACCCAUCACCCAAGGCUGGGAUUAUUCAAGUCAGAGCUAAUUAAGCUGCAAUAAUGGGCAGUGGUGGGAGCACUGCUCUCAAGGCUCAGUGUGCUCCUGGCUGCAAACCCAGACUACAAAAUCUGGGAGUUUAACUGGACUAUUUUUUCCCCAUUUAUUGCCACCAGUGCCACUUCUUUGUUGGCCCAAAGUGUUUUUGUACAUAAUUUCAUUGGUCUGAAUUUUGCCUGCUGUAUAAGUAAAUGAGAGCAGCCUCGCUAAGCCUGCUUGAAAUUUGAGAAAUGAAAUGAAAAUGAAAUUAUGAGAAGGAAGGAAGAGAGCCCAGCUGUGUUGAUUUUACAGGCUGUCACAGUAGUCCUAUUUUUUAGCACAAAAGAGCACAGGUCUUUUGAGCAAGAAGGUGUCACUUUCAAUUCACUGCUUUUCAAGAUGAACUUACAUCCAAAUAAUACACUUAAGUCCUGCCUUUGCCCUGCAGCUAAGAAUACAGCUCUUUCUAAACCAGGGUGUUACACACAGGCUCCUGUGGGAAAUGUUAACUCUGGAGCAUCUCCAGUUGUAUUUUUAUACCAGGACAAAGCAAUAAGAAUCCUUCUGCAGCUUGGGAAGAUACAAAGCAAUUUUGAUGCUGAAUAAAACUGAAAAGCAUUUGACAUUUUAAAAACCCAAAUCUUCCUGAGCUGAUACACAGGUUCAGUGGAACAGAAGUGGUUUCUUCUCUCUUGGUGUUACUGUUAAUACACAGAAAAGGGAUGGAAACCUGAAUGUGAACCCCUCACAUACUCAGGUCUCCUCCACUGCCUCAGCUGCACUAUAAAGUCAAAGAAGCAGUGUCUUAGUGGAAAACAAUAAAAAUCAAGUGCUAACCAGAAACACCAAAAACAA